GCAAUGAACCAAAUUCAAAGACUUUGUUUCACUAUUCUCAGAAAGCCCCUAAUAAACCCCGCCUCCUCCCCUACAGUUCUCCGCCGAUUCUCCGGCAAAACCGGUGAGGACGAGUGGAACGACGCGUGGGAAACCGCUUGGCUCCCGGAAGACCUCUCCGGCAAGAACCGAGCUCCGUGGGAGACCGACGUCAACUUCUCACUCCCCGAUGACACCUCCUCCAACGUCUCCAAUGAUAAUUCCCCCCAGAAUCUUCUCCCUCCGGAUGCCGACACCGAAACCAGGGCGUUCGUGGAGGAUAUGAACGACAAUUGGGAUCAGAGGAAGGGCAAAACUCCGAAACAGGAUUCAAGUACUGAUUCUGCGGCUAAGAGAAGUGAAAAUGAGAGCUCACUUUAUAGUUUGGAGAAUGUUAGGAGGGAUUACAGGAUUCAGAAACAAAGAGUCCAUGCGAAUCUGUGGGCGAAGGAGAUUGAGAAGAUGGAGGAAGCCAAGCUUGGAGAUGGGAACAAUGCUGACGAUAUCGAAAAAUUGCUUGAUAGCGCCUCUGAGAUUUUUGACUCUGCCAAUGAUGAGUUGAACAAUUUGCAUAUUUCUAGUUCUGAGAUUAAAAAUAAGCCUGAUGGCUGGGAAACAACAUCAAAAACCCUAGAGGGGAAUAUCUGGGAGAUGUCACAGAGAGAAGAAGAUCUUUUGCUUCAAGAGUUUGAGCGCCGGAUUGCAUUCAACAAGUUCCAGAUAGCAAGUUUUAUAAAGACACACAUAUUUAGUCGUAGGAGGCCAAUUGAUGGGUGGAAGUACAUGAUAGAGGAGAUUGGACCAAAUGCAAGGAAAGGGAAAGGGAAAGGUAGCGUUUCCAGGUUACCCACUAUAGCAGAUGCAUCAACUCAACCGUUUCGAGAGGAGACAACAACGCAAAAUGCUGAGCCAAGUCCCCUUUAUCAAAGGGCUAGGAGAUAGUUCUUUUAUCAGAGAAGAUUGUUCCUUACAGAUUCCCAGGUAUUUGCAGAGAGACAAGCUGCCUAAGUGCCUUCUCUGGGGUUUUGGGGUUUGACUUUAUUAUUUCUUAGAUCUUAAGCCUGCAAUGUCGCGUAACAUUUUCUUAGUGUGAAUAAAGAAGUAUUUCAUAGUUUUGGGGUCUGAAUAGAUUCUGAGAUUCAUUUCUCUUCUAACAAUGCAAAUUCUCUCGACAGAUAAUUUACUUUAUGAACUUCAUGCUUGUUUAA